AUGUGGUCUGACCAAACAAUGCGAAUUUGGGAGAGCUAUAGAAAUUACAAAAAUGACAUUGACCCUGGAAAUUUUCGUUUUGACUUGGCUGAGCAAGGGCUCUCAGAAUCCCCAUCAUUGCCAUCGGAGCAUUUUCCUACCCUUGUUCGAAAGGAGACGGAUCUUCCACUACGUGGACAGAUCUGUCUUUCAACAACAGUCGGAACACGGAAGGUAAGGUUUAUACAACUAGCGACUUACGUUUGGCAAAUAUUUUACACGCAGCCACUUCGUCGUUUUGUGCACGGAUUCUGCUUGUUCGAUAAGGAAAUUGAAUUCUGGAUGAUAGAUCGAACAGGAGCAUAUAGCUCGGGCUAUAUUAGCAUUGAAAAUGAUGAGCAAGCUUUAGUUCGUGCAAUCACCUCUUAUUUACUUAUGAGUGACAAAGAACUGGGUCUCGAUACAACAAUUCGCCAAGUCGAUGGACGUUCCAUGAUUAAAAUUGUUAAUGAUGAGUCUGGGGAGACCAAAGAGAUUGAGAUUGACCCUGAGCCCCUGAUCAAGUCACGGAGACUGAUUUCACGUGGUACCACCUGCUACCGAUCGAUUGACGAUAAAUCUUUGGUCAAAUACUCGUGGCACAAGCUUUUUGGAGAAUCAGAAGCCAACUUGCUAAAAGAAGCCCUCUCGCUCAAAGGUGUGGUCAAUCUAGUGGCAUCAGAUAUCAUUCAUAGCUAUGCUGAUCAUUGGGAAAAUUUAAAAGCUUUGGGUCCUAAGAGAUGGCAUCUAAAGCCAAAAAAGCAAUUGUUAAAUGACUCUGACUCUUCCGAUGAAUUUCAUGACACGGAAGAAAACAACGAAUAUGUCCUACGUAGAUUCGUUCUUUCACCUUAUGGACGUCCCCUUGAAUCUUGUACAUCAGUAUUGCAAUUCCUUAUUGUCUUACGAGAUGCAAUACUGGGGCACCAGAAUCUAUUCAUUGAGAAAAAAAUUAUCCAUAACGAUAUCUCUGAUACUAACAUCAUCAUAGUAACACCAACAGAAGAUGAUAGAUCAAGAGGGAUGUUGAUAGACCUCGAUCAUUCACUUGCGCUCUAUGACAGUAUGUUAUCAUACAUGAUACAUCAUCCGGUGGGUACCAUAAAAUUCAUGGCGAUUAGACCUUUAGGUGUCAUCAGAAGACCUAGAUCUAGAUGGGAAGAGCCCUUUGAACGUAGUUUUCAUCAUGACCUGGAAUCAUUUUUCUAUGUGUUCCUAACAGGAUGUGUAGAAUAUGGACGUGACCCGGGUCUUCCAAGGCAUAAUUUGGAUUCUUGGUGCACGAAUAAGAUAGAGGAAAUCAUUGAAAACAAGUAUAAUGAUGUCUAUAAGAAUUUUAAGGACUUUAUCAACAUCAAAUUUUCAAGUAGUUUCGUUGAUACUAUAGAAUUGGCCAUGGAGCUGCGAAGGCAAUUGUCUAAUGGAUACAGAACAACACAAGAGUACGUAGAUAACUCUGAUUUUAUUUACAAUGAGAUGAUUCAAGCGUUUAAUAAAACUAUCGGACAGAUUGAAGCUGGGAAAAUCCCGAACAGAACGUGGACUAAUGAGACGACUGUUGGCGCAUGA